AGGCACAGGUGACCACGAAAACGGAGCUUCGAUGCGAAGGCGGUCUCUUUCCCUUUGUGGCCGCUAAACGCGCGCUAAUAUGCGUGUUCUUUGUCCCUUUGUGGUUCCACGUGAAAGCGAACUACGUAACAGAAAGGCAGUUUCAGAUACAGGUGGCCGCCGGAACGGCACUUCGAUGCGAAAGAAACGGACGUUCUUUCCCUUUGUGGUUUUUUCGCGCCGUUUCUCGUUUGAGCUCACUCGCUCGCCUUCUCGAGGAGGGGUUUCUGCUCACUAAAAAAGGGUUUGCCCUAGCCAUAGAAAGGUUUGCUGUAAAAGGUCGUGUCCGAGCAUCCUUCUGUGGUCACAUACCAGUACAUAUUUAUUUUAUUUUCAAUCCUUAAUCAGACUCUCAUUUGCAGUGACGAUCAAUCAGCGGAGCGUUUUUUUCUAACCGCGGAUACCCAAUUUUGUCACCAACGGCCAAUCUAUAAUCAAAGCCCCUUUCUGGAAGUGAAAAUGCGAGUAUGUGUCACUGCGUCGAGACAUCAAGCGCAAAAAGAGUGGUAAAGAAGAAGACGACGUUUGGCCAUGGCCGAGAUGCAUCAGGAGCUGAGCUCGGUAAUCCGAGAAAAGAGUGUCCUGUCUGGCCUGUUUGCCAAACUCGAGGCUGCCACUAAGUUGGACAGGAUUAAGCUCGUCUACGCCCUGGUUAUCGUUGUCGUGAUCCUCUACGGGCUGAACCUUGCCGGAGCGGGAGUGACACACCUGAUCACCACCGUUUGGCCCGUGCUCGGAAGCGCACCUUGCCGAGGAGGUCCCCAUCUUGUAUACGAUGCCAGGGAUAGCGCAGAUGCUGGCAUCACAUCCUGGCGCCAUUCAGGCUCCUCUACGUCCACUUUCGGCUAUCUCGCUUGUGGAAGAAGCCUUAGAGCCAUGGACAGACAAUCUGUCGACCUCCAGCAGAAGUGGCUGGGAUAUUGGAUGCUGUACGCCUUCGUCAACAGCUUUGAAUGGAUGUUUGUCAAAGCUCAAAAGAAGAUGAAACGAAUCUAUAUCCUCAAGUUGCUGGUGCUGACGGUGUGCGCCCUUCCACACCCGCUGUGUCCUGCUCGGCUUUUGUACGCCCGCUUUUUGCGCCGGCGCAUAUGGUUGGAAGGUGGCGGAGCCCCGUCGAGUUCCUCUCCCGCGAUGGGUUCCACUGUGGUCGACCACUUGUCGGUGUCACGUACCUCGGAUGGCCACGAGUCACCCACUAGGAAGAAGCCAACCCAGAACCCUCCUAAGAAGCCCUUGUCUACAGCCAAGAAAGGAAAGUAAGGAUGCGCCCUUAGUACGUGCUCAACCAUUGUACAGAAAACGGGCUGCGGUUGAUGGCAGUGGAUGGCGAAAUUUCACAAGCCCUUAUCGAACUCCAAAAGUCAAGUGCAACUUAAAAAUAAAGUCCUCGUUUACAGUCGCGGAGA